UAUCUCAUGAUAUUAAACUCAUAUCACACAUGCUCCCGGUGCUCCUGAAAGGAACAUACGCGUGUGGACACUUCGUGCGUCUCAAUUCAACCUGAUGACAAGAAGAUGAUGAUCUAUUAACGGAGAAGAUGGAUGUGUCUCUCCAGAGGAGUCUGAGUGUUCUGGAUCGUCUUCUCCUCACACACUCCAUAUGGUUGCAGCUGUCAAUCAACCUCGACUCCGCCAACAAAAUCCUACAACGAGAGAUAAUUGGGACAUUUCUGGUGUGUAAAUGUAGCGCCACCCAUAGGAAAGUUCUGUGUGUGCGGGUGCAGGAGGCCAGGGAGAGUGUGUCACAGUAUCCCAUCCGUGAGGAAGACUCCACAUUCUCUUUAGAAAGUUCAGCCCUGAGCUUCCCAGAUCUCUGCAGACUUGUGGCCUUUUACACCAUAAGCAGGGAUGUAUUGCCUUUCCCACUUGAGCUCCCAGAAGUAAUUGCACAGGCCACAACACAUACUCAGCUUGAAAACAUUUCACAUCUGGGUUUCGAAUUCUGGAAUUCUCAGAUGUCCCCUAGCCUUCCUAAUGGACCCCCUUCUCCCUCAGCACCCCACGAGACAUCCAGAGUGAUCAGCCCUUGUUUCAUCAACCCCCUGUUCCUUCAGCCACCCCAGCCUAGCCGAGCCGCCUCACACAAGCGCCACCGCUUCAAACGCAGCCUCAGGGUCCGUGUGUCUAAUGAAACCUCUCUCAGUCUGUCGGGUGGAGAAUCUGACCCAGCCCAGGGUGAGACGCAUGGACAGAAUUCCAAUCAGGGAGGUCAGAGACGGACCGGUGGCGUGAACAUGCUCAGGAGGACCCAGGCACUCUCUCCAACCUCAGAAGAGGAAGACGAACACAUAAUGGAACCGAUACAAACUGUAAAUAGUGAUUCUUUACCCCAACAAGACAAUGAUGAAGACAACAAAGAUCCUGAAGACGGUGAGGUUUGCCUUGCUUUGGAGAGGACUCGAGCUCCUUCCCUUGCCGAACUGGACAGCAAUAGUUCCUUUAGCAGUCUGGAGGAGGACGACGCCCAAGCAGACUCCAACCAUCAGUGGCCCCCUGCUGCAAGGGGUUCCCGUUUCCCCUCCGCAAACCCAACCUCAACUCUGCGCCGCAUGACUGCUGCUUUUGUCUGUGUGUUUGCUCCUGAACGACGAGUGGCUCGAUUAGUGGAUGAACUCUCCCAUGACAGACGGUCUACAUUUGGAUCAUUGGUGCAGGACUUCUUAGAAAAACAGAGGAAAGAGAUGGACGCCUCAAUACUGACUUCUACUGUCGAGCUGCUACAGGGAGUUAGAAGAUUUCUGUCCCAAGCCAAAAGCCUCCUUUUGGAAGCAGGAGAAAUAGAGCCUCCAAUUGAGACACUGGUGCCAGAGGACGAGAAAGAUCUGGCACUGGAGAAGGCUCUGUUUGGCUGCGUAUUGAAACCGUUGAAAGUUCAGCUGCAGCAGACGCUUGUCUCUCUUCACACGAGGGAUGGCUCCUUACAGAGGAUUACUGACAGCAUGCUGGCCUGCCAGGAGGGGACACUAGAGCUGCUGGGUGUACGAGUGGGAUUCCUGGAUAUUCGAGGCAUAGACAGAGCAAAGAAUAAACUCACGUUAAUGCAACGCAGCCAUUCACCAAUUGACAAGGUGUUACUUUUGCUGCAGGUGUGCAAGAGUGUGUACAAAGCCAUGGGGACACUGCCUGAUCAUGAAGUGGGGUCUGAGGACUUCCUACCGGCAUUGUCCUAUGUGCUAGUUCAGUGUAAUAUCCCGCAACUAUUGCUAGAGACGGAGUACAUGAUGGAACUGCUUGAGCCAUCAUGGCUAACAGGAGAAGGUGGAUACUACUUGACAAGUUUUUAUGCCAGUAUAUGGCUGAUUCAGAGCAAGCCUGGGAGCACACCCACUUGUAGUUUGACCAAUGAGGCUCAACAGAGCUUGAGGGAGUGGAGCAGGAGGCGUGGCCAAGAAGCAAAAGCCCAGAAGGACAGUCAGCAGAAACAGAGGUUUGUCCGUGUGUUAUUCCAGGAUGACAGUCGUUGUGCAGUGCGGACACUGCUCUGGAAGGCAGGGGAGAACGUAGAUGCACUGGCCCAAACCUGCGCUGGUCUGUUUGGUGUGAACGAUCCCCAGCACUAUUGUCUGUUCUGGAGGAGUGAAGGGGAGAUGCAUCCUCUACCUGCCCACAUUCAGCCCCAUCAGCUGGGCAUGUACGAGGGAGGAUCUCUGUCGUACCUCCGCUCUGAUCACGACUUUAGCAAAGUGCGCAGAUUGACCAGAGGGGGCGCUGUCGAUCUUGGGGAGUCUGUGUGUGAGGAGUGAAGAGAAACAGGUGUAGAAUUACUUUUUCACUUUUGGUCGCAUUUGUGGCAAGACGAUUUGAAUGCUGUAUAUUUUUCAACGGAUGAUGGUGAUUAUUUUUUGUGUGCGUGUGUGUUCAUUAUGUGUAACAAAUCAGAAAGCACAUCAGUGUUUUAGAUGAAUUGAAACAGAUGAGAUGUGCUAAUAAUGCAAAAAGCAAUAUCUGCCUAACGAGAGGAUCUGGAAAGAGUUUAGCAAUCUGAGAUUUAAUUGUAACUUAAAGAUUGGCUUGCCAGAAGUGUGUAUUGCCAAACAACAAUACCAAAGUAUUGAAUAUUCAUAAAAAAUAUUCAUAAAACAUUUACAUAAUAUAUGUAUGCAUCUGUGAUGCUCUGUAUUUGGGUCAUUCUCAGGAGACGGUUCCAUUUGCCGGUGUCCCCAAGAAUUUAUUAACAGGAUACUGAACCGAUUUUAGGGACAUUAUUUGUUGCUAAAUUUUGGUGUGUAAUGCAACAGAAAAAACAUUUAAAUAAGAUUUUGUUUCAUAGGAAUAUCAGCCAAUCUGCAAGUGCCCAUUCAACCCAUUAUAUUUCAAUGGGCUAAGGUGCAUCCCAAAUCAUACACACUUCUGCACUAUUUUACAGCAUUUUGUUGUCUAGCAUUUCGGACACUUUGUGCUUUUGGCAGUCAUGCUUGCACUACUUAGCGGAAGGGGCAGGGUUACCAGGCUGCGAUGCUGUAAUUAAUGGUGAAAUUGACAACCCAGCACCUUGCAAAUGUGAGUACAAUGCUUUACUAUCACCCACACUGUGGGAAUAUGUACGUUAUUUGAGAUAUAAGUAUUAAACUGAGGUUGGCUAACAUGCUAAAGCUAGCAGCAAUACAUGGCAUGCAUUUGAAAUCUUCAGCUGUUAAACGAAGAAUGCUUCCGUGGAAUAAAAAAACUUUAGUGUUCUAUUUGGGACUAUCCUUCAUAUUGAAAAUUCAUACACCAGAUGGCCGAGUGCUAUUCAUGCAAUAUCAUGCUAUUUUUUUAGCUUUCCAGAGAAUAUGCGGAAUUUUUCCCUAUACUUUCUGUCUAAGUCCCACUAUGCUGUGACAUUGCCUCAAAAAUAUUGUUUGCUUUUUCUGGGAAUGACAUCAUAAUUAAUUUGACCACAUAAUUAAAACA